AUGGGAGGUGGCCCCAAAAUUCGCUAUCCCAAGCAUGUCUGGUCGCCGGCUGGUGGCUGGUACUCACAACCGGCAAACUGGAAAACCAAUACCGCGAUAGUCGGCGUAGUCAUGUUUGGCAUUACUGCUAUGGCCUUUAAAUUUUCCGCAGAUAGAGAAUACCGGACCAAAUUUCCAGAACAAGGCAGAUUCUUUCCGAGUCGGUGGUGGAGCAGACAACUUGUGGAACACGAAAAGAAAUUGGCUACGGGAGACAAGUCAUGA